CAGUAUUUGAAGCUUGGCUGGAAGCUAUUUCUCAGUUAAGGAAACCCUUAUCCCGUUACUACUGCACCUGCACAGCAGCUCCUAAAACCUCAGGACCUCAAAUGGCCUCCCCAUCUGUGACCACUCAGCCUCUUCCCUUUGGUCUGGAAAGGGAGAAACAUAUUGACAUGCUCUUCAGAGCUUUCCACAGUCAGAUUAGACCUACUACAGAUAUGCAGGACCUCACUGUGCUCCGGGAUACAGGCAGGACAAGAGGAGAGGAUGGAAGACCUGGAUGGAAAGAGACAGACAGUGAGAAUGAAAGACUGGGAAAACUGUCUGUUCUGAGAACAGUCACAAGACUUCACAUUACUGCCAGACCAGAGCUACAAGGUCCACAGUGUAUAACCCGAAGAACAUAUAACAUCUCCACAGAAAGCGGUGAUCAGCUCUUUGUGGCUGUGGAAGAGAGCUCAUGCAUGUGUAUGCAGUGCUGCGGUCCAGCUCGAUCCUGUUCACUACAAGGCUUUGAUAAGGAUGCAGAGUGUGUUUUCCUGUUUGAGAGGCCCCUGAGAGCAGAGAUGUGCUGGCUCGGCUGCUGCCUGAUGGAAAUAAAGGCCUAUACACCAGAGAGAGAGCUUAUUGGGACAGUUCACCAAAGGUGGAGCAUGUUCACGCCAUAUUUCGAGGUUUGUGACUCUGAGGGCAUCUCAGCUGUCAGGAUCCAGGGCUCCUGCUGCAACACACGCUGCCUCUCUGAGCAGGAGCUGCAGGUGGUUUCCAGUAUUGGUGAGAGUAUUGGGUGCAUAUGGAAGAGCUGGCCUGGAUAUAAUGAGGAAUGUAACAUGGAUCAUGAGCAUUUUGGACUGAAUGUACCUCAAGAAAUGAAUUUGAAGACCAAAGUGCUGUUACUAGCUGCUGCCUUCCUGCUGAAUCAUAUGUUUUUUGAGAUGAGCUAAAUGGAAAUGCUAAAGCUUCAAGGACAUGAAAGACAUCAGCUUUAUCUGCUAACAUCAGCUCUGAAGUGAAGUGUCAACCCAACAAUAUAGAACUAUGUUGACUCAUAACAAGAUGGAGCACUGCAUCAUGUUUCUAUGACAACUGCAAGGAGCAUAGAUGGUUGAUGCUUUUCUGAGCUAACUGCAUCUGAACUGUGUUGUGAACAUGAAUCUUCAUAUAAAACCACCCUAGACUUUGGGAACAUUUGCACAUUAAAAUAGAACAAAAUGCUAGCAAGUAAAAGGCCUUAUAGUAUUAUCCUAAACAGUCCAACCUCUGGUUGUGGCUCAAGUGUUUUUGCUAUAAAAUCUUUACUGUUUUUUAUAAAGAGAACCUAAGAAUAAUCUUUAUAUUGUUAGUAAUUUUUCAGCAUGGAUAUUUAAUGGACUGAAGCAAGGUUUCUUGAUUAUCCAUAAUUUUUUGAAAAAUCAUGUUCAAAUGUGAGUAUAAAAUAUGAUACAUUAGGGGUUUGAGCAACAUUUAUUUGUCCAUCUCUUAAUCAUCAUUGUAUUGCCUUGCAUUAUGUGUUGCCCACAAUAAAACUAAACAUUUAAAUACUGUCCUACUAAGUUAUUCUGAGAUACAGAGUAACAAUUAUAUUUAUAUACAUUUUAUUUAAUUAGACUGCUAGACUGUUUUAAUGAUCUCACUGAUUUGCAUUACAACCUAUCAAAAUUUCAUCUUUCUUUUUGGCCAUAAAAAUAUCAACGACAAUCAAAUGUCAUGUUUUUCAGUUUAGGCCUGUGAAUAAAAUGUUUUUUCCUCUUCUCAAAUAUGAGCAAUCAUAUUAUAUGGUUCAUAAAAGCCUGAUGUGUCAAAUAUGAUACUUAACAAAAAUACAUGUGCAUAAAAAAGGUCUGACUUUUUCAUGCAAGUCUUUAAAGGGUUAAACAUUCAAUGCACAUUUUUGUAAUACAAACAGAUGAUUACAAAUAUGGAUGUAUUUCUGCAUAUAAUAAAGAUUCUUGAAAUUUAGUUUGUUGGUUUGUUUAUAAUUUAACACCAUGUCAGAUACAACAGCUAGUUUCAUGCCAAGAAACAGGUUCAAAUAUAAAUAAAAAUAUUUUAAAUAAAC